UGUGUUGAGAGGAUCAAAAGUUGCGAUAUAAAAGGGAUACCUGAAAUGCAGUUGUCAUCAGAUUUUCUGAUAGAAAACAUGAAUUCUAUUCUCGUUCUCACUGCUCUUGUAGCUAUUGUUUCUGCUGGCUCCAGUUGGCCAAUGUUCUUGAGAGAUCAGCCAAGAAAUAUUCAACAAUCUUACUACACAAUUGCAAGUAAUUCCUCAUUGACUCAGAAUCAGAAGGAUCAACAGCUCCAGCAGUGGGCGCAGACUAAUAAUCUAUCCAGCCAAUACUCCGACUACACCCAACAACGGGACCAACAGGAGCAGCAAAUGAGUCAAAACACGUCUCAAAUAAUUUCUCAGCUGUCUUCAGUUCAAAACCAACUCGAAUCAAUUUUGAACAACGACAAUCAAACCGGGGAGCAGCAGCAACAAGCUAUUCAGACUCUCACAAAUCAAUAUCCCCAAGAAGUUCCAGUUCUGUUCUUCAUUCGAAAAAUGUCCAUGAGACAGGCGAGAAAUAAUAAUUGAAUAUUAACUUUGAUUGCACAUCAUUUAAAUCGAGCUAUCAAUAAAUACAUUCGUUUCCUAAA